AUGAAGAAGCAAACAAAGAUAAGAUGGUUGAUGAAUCGUGACGGUGACGUCCAGUUAACCGAAACGGCUGUAGAGGAGCACAAGCUCCCGCGGGUGCACAGCCCCACGCCACCUACACCUCUCCACCUGCUUUUCGCUUGUCCUUCUCCUCCCCUCCUCCUCCGUGGGCCCCGCCAUCCCCGUCCAGCAUUUCGUCACUAUUUCGCCAUUCUCUCAGGUACCCGAGAAUCCAGUGAGACAGUAUAUCUUGCUGUUGUAACUGCAACGCCUACCAGAAACGUUUGUUCUUUCUCGUUUCUGUACUUUCCCAAUUCAAACUUGAAAGCGCAACGUUCUAUUGAUUCCAUGGAGUUCAAAUUCCGAUCGGUGGACGAGAGGCCGCCGCCGCCGUCGCCUUCUUCCGCCGUCAGCUACUUCUCCUCCGAGCAAGCCGCAUUCCGAGGCCAAACAGCUGCUCUUAUUACUUCGACUCUGGCGGCGAUUUCAACACAACCGAAUUUUGCGCCACCACGAACGCCGCCGCCGUCGCCUUCUUCCGCCGUCAGCUACUUCUCCUCCGAGCAAGCCGCAUUCCGAGGCCAAACAGCUGCUCUUAUUACUUCGACUCUGGCGGCGAUUUCAACACAACCGAAUUUUGCGCCGCCGCCGUCGAUUUUCCGGAAUCCGGAUAUGAGAUUGAACCUGGACCGGGCCCAGAACCCGAGGUCCGUCCGUGACGAGUUGAUCGAGCGUCAGCUGGAGAAGGAGAUGAUCAGGGAGGAGAUUAUCGCGGCCGAGAUAGCGCGACGGUGGGCUCUCGAAGCGGAGGUGAGGAGGGAACUCAUGCUGGAGCGGGAAAUCGCCAUGCGAAGACCCGCUGGCGAAGGGCUCGGUUUUGAUCAGGACCGGUUCGGUGCGAUGCGGUUCGACCACAGAGUCUACCACUCCUUCGAUGAUGACCGGUUCGGAUUCUUCGCUUCUCGUGCGCCCGCCGCAUUUGAUAGUUUCACGUGGCGGCGGCAGCCGGAACCACUGACCAAUGGCUUCAACGCGCUUCCGGCUCCUCCUACUUUAGACCUCAACAACAAGGACAAGUUGAUCAUACUGGCGAAACCUGAUCCAAAUCUCUCCGGAGUCAAGCGGAAAACACCACCAACAGUGAGUGCAAGUGAGCUACCCGCAUUUGGGUUGAAAAAGAAACCCAAGGAGGAAUGGAGCUGCGCCCUGUGCCAUGUUAGUGCAACAAGUGAGAAAGGCUUGAUUCAUCACAUUAACGGUAAGAAGCACCAAGCCAAGGAAGCAAGACUGAGAGCUCAGAAACCAAGCUCCAGCAAUGCACAAUCGUCAAAGAAAGCUGCAAACUUUUCUGAGCCUAAGAAGAUCAAAGGCGUCAGAAGCACAGAAUUGAGGGCCAAACAAGUUAGAAAAUCGCUUGACCAUAAUGAAACCAGUGACAUUUCCAACCAGAAAAUACAGGAACAAGGCACCUCAAAAAAGGAAAAAGAGGAGCCGCCAAUGCUGAAAGACCAAUGUGGAGAGGUUCUCAAGAACAAGGACGAGGUUAAAAUGGUGGAAGGACUGGAGACAAAAGAAGAUGUAAAGAAACAGAAGACAUUUAAGUUUUGGUGUGAAAGUUGUAAAAUUGGUGCCUAUAAUCUAAAGGUGUGGUCGUCUCAUAUAAGUGGGAAGAAGCACAUUGCUAGGAGUCAGGAACCUACACAGAUUAAUAUUCCGAUUGCAAGUUUCAUGGCAUCAUCGGAGGCUAGCAAGGACGCAGAAGAUACUGAUGCGGCCAAAGAAGUGCAGGAGAAGAUUCCGACAGCCACUGCCAUUUCAUCAUCAGAGGCUAGUAUCAAGGCAGAAGAUUCUGAUGUGGCCAAAGAAGCGCACCAGAAGAUUCCAACACCCACUGCCAUACCAUCAGCAGAGGCUAGUAAGGAUGCAGAAGAUGCUGACACGGCCAAAGAAGCACAGGAGAAGUUCAAUGGCAUCAUGAUCGCGCUAAUGAGAAUUCAUAACACUGCUGUGGCAAAAGAAGCAAAUAACAGUGCAGAAAUUGUUGUUGCAGACACAGAUAAAUGAGCUGCAUACCCAAUGAUGAAUAAGUUGCAGCAGAGGGGCGCGAUUUAUCUGUUGAUGUCCUGCUUUUUAUUUGAAGUUUCGGGUUGUUUAUUUUCUGUACACCAAUUUUCUCUUUAUGCACGUUUUUUUUUUUUUCUC